GAUCCUACACCACUAACCGUCUCAUCAGUAUAACUAACUGAUCGGUCGGACGACGACGACAAAACGCUCUCACCGCCGAUUAUCCACACCCGUCGAGGGCUGUGGUCUAGCGCAGUCAUUUAACAUUUCUUCUAUUCAAAUAGCUUUUUAAAGCCAAACAAACUCUACGCCGCCAUCAAUUUCGGCACAGUUACAGUGGCAUAAUGUCGGAAUCACCGCGGAUAGACGUUACUGGUAAUGACGACGAUGACGGAGAAGUGUUGGCUAACGGGCCGGCUUCGGCUAAACCGACUUGUAACGGUGCCGGAGGUGGUAGCCGCGACGAACGAGAUGGAUCGCCCGUCAAGUCAGCCGCACCUUACACGUCGUUUUCCAUCUCCAGCAUUUUGAGCAAAGACGCCCCUAAAACAGCAUACAGACAUCAGCACAAGAAUGCCGGCGGUGCGCCCAUAGCGAAUGCUCAUCACGCCGCAGCUGCCGCCGCUGCAUUUGACGUCACCGCUCAUCUUGCUGCUGCUGCCGACCACGCUAUGCUUUCCAGAUUGGGUUUGAUGAGUCACUUUGGUGCUUUGGCAGCAGCGGCUUCCGGUCGGAGUCCGUUUAUGCUUUACCCGGGCGUUGGUAUCACCAGUAAUACGGCCAACGUGUUGGACAAGCAUUGGUACUCGGCGUGGUCACAGCCAUUAACAGCAGCGAUAAGUCCAACCGGUGGUUCGAGUUCAGCUAACGAAGAAACUAGCCGGCCCAGUACGCCUCAUAGUGUAGGCGUCAAUACGGGGGGGACCUCGUCGGUAGCUGGUCAUAGUCCCGACGGCUGGUCAACUGGCGAAGACGGUGGCGGCGGCUCUCCGAAUCAUCAUCGUACUAACGGCGGACGAUUUAUGAGUGGUUGUGUUGGUGGUGGUGAAAACCGGUACAUGGAUCAUUCGGUCGGUGAUGAUGACGACGACGUAAUGGACGACGGCCCGGAGGAUGACAGUAUUGGUGGCGAUGGAAAAAAAGACCAUAACGGAAGUUGCGGUGGUAAGCGUAAGAAGAAGACUAGGACUGUGUUUUCGCGCAGUCAAGUGUUCCAGUUGGAGUCGACGUUCGAUAUAAAACGAUACUUGUCGAGUUCGGAAAGAGCUGGUUUAGCCGCUUCGUUACACUUAACGGAGACCCAAGUGAAAAUAUGGUUCCAAAACAGGCGGAACAAGUGGAAGCGACAAGUGGCCGCGGAAAUCGAAGCGGCUAAUAUGGCACACGCCGCUCAGAGACUCGUCCGUGUUCCCAUUCUGUACCACGAAUCAAAUCAACAGUCUUCUUCGGCGGCACACCAUCACCACAUGACCACCUCGGCAGGAGGCACGCAAACGCCACCUCAUAGUUCAGCGUCCACUCAGGCGCCGGCGUAUCCCCCGCCACCGUCCUUAUUCUAUCACCAUCAACCGCCGCCGCAACCACAGCCUCCGCCGUCUCAGCAUCACAUCCACGGCAUAACGGCUUCCAGCACGUCCACCAUCACGCACACACUGUCCACUAGUCCAGUGGUGUCGAGAGCGCCCUUGCCAGGAUUGGUUUAAUAACCGCCGUCUUUCAAAAUUAAACUAGACGUCCCAAACGAUAAUAUUAUUCAUUAAAAUUAUAAAAUGGGACCAAAUUAUCUUGUCAUACCGAGUAGUCUUACAUAUGUAAAUGUACAUACUGCGAACGACUUACGUGGUGUUUUCGAUUUUUUAAUAUACUUACAAUUUGUAGACUUACAUUUAUAAAUACUUAAUAUAUUAUUCCAUAGAUUAUUAUCAAACUAUAAAAAAUUAAGCUAAAUGAAGUUUUGUACAUAAUCAUGGUUAUCGAUUCGUGUAUUAAGUUGUUAUUUUGUACUACAAUUUUUGUUUAGAGUUACCAGUUUUGCUAGUGUAGCAAUUUAAUCGUUAUGAUAUUUUUAUUUUAUUACAUUUUUUUUUUUUAUUAUUAUUGUUAAUUUAUAAUGUUUAAUUUAUUAUCAAUUUUUUAAACUGUCAUUGGCCUAUUUUGACUUCAUCGCAGUGCUAUUCGUGCAUUUUAACUCAUUUUGUUGAUAAAAUAAUGUGUAGGUAAAUAAGUAAUGAUAUAAAUAAACCAAUAAAUGAUU